AUGAAAAAAGUCCAACUCAAGACUAUCCGUCCUUGGAUUGCAAAAAAAGUGGGCGAUCUACUUGGGUUCGAGGAUGAUGUUGUUUUGGAAUUCAUAUUUAAUCUGCUCGACGAAGAGACUGAUCCUCGGCAGAUUCAAAUCAAACUUACUGGAUUUUUAGAACAUCAUACUUUAUCGUUCAUGGAAGAGUUGUGGAAGUUGCUUCUGAGUGCGCAGUCGUCUCCCACUGGUAUUCCAAAAGAGUUUUUAGAUUCAAAAAUCGAAGAGAUUCGCAAUAAAAGGGAACAAGAUGAGAAACUUGCUGUAAAUCUUUCUUUAAAAAGAGAAAAGAUGGAACAAGAACGAAUUCAGCGGAGCUCCGUCUCUCAAGCAUUGGGUCAUCAGAACUCUGUAAAUCAAUCAAAAGAUUCAUCUAAAACCCGAGUCAAUUCACUCGAGGGUUACAAGUUUACUGCCAUGCCGGUUCAAAGUCGUCGAAAAACUGAUAGAUCUAGAUCCCGUGAACGUCAUUCAAACCGAUAUCAUAACCGUGAAGAUAAAGAUCAGUAUUCUGACUCUAGCCAGCAACAUGAUAGGCAUGAUAGAGACAGGGAUCGUCGUCGUAGUCGAGACGACACACGCGACUCAAAACACGUUGAUUCAAGACGCAGUCGUGAUCGACCUGGUUCGAAUUCGUUGAAAACUAACGAUUCUAUCGAAGCUGUAGACUCGGAAAACGAGCAACGACCACGAGGUGAAUCCAGUCGUAGUAAUGGCCGUGUUGCUCAUUCUCGACACCAUGAUAGUCAUUCUCAAAGUAGAUCUGAUAGAGACUCUGAAAGGGCUGCAAGACAUCGACACCAUGAUAGUAGUCGCGAGAGAAAAUCGCACAAGUCCAGAAAAAUAUCAAGACGCUCUUCUAGCCGCAGUCCAAGCUCCCACAAGAGAUCAAGGCGUCGUAGUGAGUCAUCUAUUAGUAGUCAGAGUAGCGUCAAUACUACAAGCAGCAAUCAUCAAAACAUUCGACAUAAAAAUGAUAAAAGUGUAUCAUCAAGUCGUGCUAUACAAAAUUCUAGAGAUCAACAAAGCAGAUCAUCCAGGCGCGAGCGGCAUGAGCAUUCUGAUUAUUAUCAUCGCAAUCGUAGCCCAAACGCUCAUCAUGAUUUAAAAUCCAGGCGUCCAUCUUCCCAAUCUUCAAGAUCGUCCUCGCCUGUUGGACGUGGUAAAAGCAAACAAGACCUUUGA